CUGCAAAGCACAAGCUCCAUUCAAGCUGCUUUAAUUUCACUCGUCCUCUCGUUCUCUGCUCAAAAAGACAUCGAAAAGUUGAUCUCUUACAAACAAACCGAACAUGUCGAAUCGCAGCUUGUUUGCAGUUCUCUUCUUCCUACUGGCGACCACCUUGGCUGCUUCCAGUUUCAUUUCAGAUGAUGUCUUUGAAUUUCGUGGAUUUACGAAUCGGAACCUUCUCCAGGCGAAAACGCCUUGCCCCAUCAAUUUUGAGGUCCAGAACUACACCAUUAUCACCAGUCAGUGCAAAGGGCUCAAAUACCCACCCAAGCUUUGCUGUGGAGCCUUGAAGAAAUUUGCUUGCCCCUUCGCAAAGGAGUUGAAUGACCUCACCAAUGACUGUGCCUCCACCAUGUCCAGCUACAUCAACCUCUACGGGAAAUACCCACCUGGCUUAUUUUCUAGUGAGUGUCGGGAAGGGAAGGCAGGACUAAAAUGAAGGGAUGAGAGAUCCAUCCUAUG